AUGGACAACCACAUCACCUACCGUCCCCGAAACUUCUCCCCCGGAAAAGCAGUUCUAUCGGACGGCUCCAUUCACGAGUUCGACAAGCCAUUGACUGUUGCUGAGCUCAUGAUGGAGCAUCCACAACAAUUAGUGGUCGAACAAAAUGCUCUCGAUUUGAAGAAGGUUUACGUAAUGCUACCGGUCAAGCGAGGGAAACCAGUGCCGUUACCAGCAGAACAAGCGCACCGAAUCCUAUUGAAUGUUGCGAGGAAUAGGACAAGGUUUCUGUUAUCGACGUCGAGGUUCUUUCCAUCGUUUGCUUGA